UCCUGACAUCGCAGGAAGUAUGAAGAAAUAGUCCGUCUAUUCCAACCAAAGUGAGCAGUAAACAAGUAAAUAAAGAGUCACUUUAACUAGAAUAAAUAAUAUGUUAUAGUCUGGAUGUAACCGAAAUAUUUAGGAAUGUGACUGUCUUUAUCUGAAGGACAUGGCAUGUAUAAGACACAAACCUCAGUCAGUGGGUUCCUGACUCUGACCUGAUGCCUUUCUUCUCUGCUUCCUCUGCCAUGGAUGGGCAGAACUAUCCUCAUCCAGAGGGAAUGCAGAUGGAUACUGGAGUAUUAGGGCUGACCCCUUCUCCCAUGGAGAGCUUAUUGUAUUCCUGCACACCAUGUGGUUUUUCACAGACACCUUUUAACACGCAGUGGCCUUUACCUUCUGCAAACCAGCAACUCUGCUCCAGUGGCACUUCAGAGAUGCACAUGGACAUUCUCAGUCCUUCAUCUUUUUCUGACCUGGAUUUAUUACUUCAGGACCUCUCAUGUUUAGACGAUCUGUCCAACACAUCUCUCUUCUCUCCUCCUGACUCCUUCUCUGAGUAUGUAGAUUCAUCGUUGCUGUUGCCUGAAAGCUUGGCAACUGUACCCACCAUAUGGGACAUCAACACACCAGCACAGAAUCCGGAGAAUUCCAACCGGUUCAAGGGUUUAAGCAGUUUGGAGGAUUUCACUGCUAUAAUCAGCACUCCAACCCUGGGAAGCAAACAGAGUUCCCAGGUAAAACAAGAGGAGGAGGAGGAGGUAGAGGAAGAGGAGACUGAGGAGUUGGGUCAUGUCGAUACCUAUGCUGACUAUAAACCUUCUAAAUCCACUAUAGGGAGCUCCCAUCCUGACCGAGUAGUAGAGACCAACACUCUGUCCAGUGUUCCUCCUCCUGACAUCACCUACACCCUCACAAUUCCAGAGUCCAUCAUCAACAGUGCAGUGCUCUCUGCCCUGCAGCUGGAGGCCAUCGUCUACGCCUGCCAACAACAUGAGGUGAUCCUGCAGAACAACCAGAGAGCAGGUUUCCUUAUAGGAGAUGGAGCUGGAGUGGGCAAGGGCCGUACGGUGGCGGGCAUCAUUCUAGAAAACUACCUGAAGGAAAGAAAGAAAGCACUGUGGUUCAGUGUCUCCAAUGACCUCAAAUAUGAUUCUGAAAGAGAUCUGCAUGACAUUGGUGCUAAUAUUCAGGUUCAUGCCUUGAAUAAGAUAAAGUAUGGAGACACAGCUACCUCAGAAGGUGUCCUGUUUGCAACCUACUCAGCUCUGAUUGGUGAGAGCCAAGCGGGAGGCCAGCGUCGUACCAGACUCGAGCAGAUUUUGGAUUGGUGUGGGCCUGACUUUGAUGGAGUCAUUAUAUUUGACGAAUGCCACAAAGCUAAGAAUGCCACGUCCACCAAAAUGGGAAAAGCUGUGCUGGACCUGCAGAACAAGCUUCCUUGGGCCAGGGUGGUGUACGCCAGUGCCACAGGUGCCUCUGAGCCGAAGAACAUGAUUUACAUGAGCCGGCUGGGGAUCUGGGGACUAGGAACACCAUUUAAGACAUUCGAGGACUUUCUCCACGCCAUAGAAAAGAGAGGUGUAGGUGCCAUGGAGAUUGUGGCCAUGGAUAUGAAGGUCAGUGGAAUGUACAUUGCUCGACAGCUGAGCUUCUCAGGGGUGUCGUUCCGCAUCGAGGAGAUCAGCCUGGACCCUGACUUUACACUCGUCUACAACAAAGCUGCUAAACUGUGGGCAGAGGCAUUGGCUGUGUUCACCCAGGCGGCUGAUUUGCUGGGGAUGGUGUCCAAAAAGCCUCUGUGGGGUCAGUUCUGGUCCUCCCAUCAGCGCUUUUUCAAAUACCUCUGCAUUGCCUCCAAGGUGCGCUGUCUGGUAGAGCUGGCCAAGAAAGAGCUGGGGGCUGGCAAGUGUGUUGUUAUCGGGCUGCAGUCGACAGGUGAAGCUCGAACGCGAGAAGUCCUUGAUGAGAACGAAGGACACUUGGACAAAUUUGUGUCCGCCGCUGAGGGUGUGUUUCAGUCCCUGGUUCAGAAGCACUUCCCUUCCGAAAGACAGCGGAGAGAAAAAGGGGCGGCGAACAAGAGAAAACGAAAAACCAGGGGCAGACAGUCGAAAUACCCAAAACAAGGUGCAGAUGCCAAAUCUGUCAUUACGGUCAGUGAUGACAGCAGCACAGAGUCUGACGGAGUGGACAGCGACUCCAACUCUUCUCCUGAUUCAUUACAGGACAACAGCGAUGAUGUCGUCUUCGUAACACAGACCAACUGUGAUGCUGCUCGUUUGGAGAAGAUGAAGCAGGACCUCCUUACUAAAAUCUCUGAGCUUGGGAAAGAACUACCUCUAAACACACUGGAUGAGCUCAUUGAUAAAUUCGGGGGCCCAGAGAAAGUAUCUGAGAUGACAGGGCGUAAGGGACGAGUGGUUCGGCGACCGGACGGGAGUGUGCGAUACGAGUCUCGAGCUGAGCAGGGCCACACCAUCGAUCAUAUCAACAUUAAAGAGAAAGAUCGCUUUAUGACUGGAGAGAAGUUGGUGGCUAUAAUCUCAGAAGCUGCAAGUUCAGGGAUUUCUUUGCAAGCUGAUCGGCGGGUAAAAAAUCAGCGCAGGAGAGUCCACAUGACCCUGGAGUUGCCUUGGAGUGCUGAUCGUGCCAUUCAACAAUUUGGUCGCACUCACCGCUCCAACCAGGUCACAGCCCCAGAGUACAUCUUUCUCAUCUCUGAACUGGCCGGGGAAAGACGCUUUGCUUCUAUUGUGGCGAAGAGACUGGAGAGUCUGGGAGCUCUGACCCAUGGUGACCGAAGAGCUACAGAGUCCAGAGACCUGAGCAAGUACAACUUUGAGAAUAAAUAUGGGAACAGAGCUCUAGAGAUGAUCACCAAAGUCAUUCUAGGUCACACUGAGAGCAAGGUGCUCCCUCCUAAAGGUUAUCCUGGUUGUGAUGCCAUGUUCUUCAGAGACAUGAAACAGGGCAUGAUUGAUGUUGGCAUCUUCUGCAAAGAGCCUCGCUUUGGUCUCAGCACUGAAAAGGACUGCACCAUCACCAAGUUCCUUAAUCGUAUUUUGGGCCUCGAGGUGCACAAGCAGAACUCUCUGUUUCAGUACUUCACAGACCAUUUCGAUUACCUUAUCGAAAAGGAUAAGAAGGAAGGCAAAUAUGACAUGGGGAUUCUGGACCUGGCUCCUGGUAAUGAUGAGAUCUACAACGAGGCUAAGCAGACGUUUCUCACUCCAGGCAACCCUCAAGAAGGCCAGGUCACUCUCCAUAAGAUCAGUGUGGACAGAGGCAUGCCCUGGGAGGAGGCUCUGAAGAAAGCCGAAACACUCAGCGACCCAGACGAGGGCUUCUACAUCUCCCACAGGUUACGAGGGAGUCACCCAUGUGUGCUACUGGCUGAGCAGGGCCGAGGUCACAACCUGGUGGUCUACAAGCCCAAUGUGGGCAAACAGAAGCAACAGGAGAACUUGGAAAACAUCAAGAAGAAGUAUCGCAAGGUGACCCCUGAAGAGGCGAAGGACAGCUGGGAGAAUCAAUACACCUUCUCCUUUAGAAACUGCAGCCAUGCCAACUGGAACGGGCGGUGUAAGAAGGUGGAGGAGAGGCAGGAGUGUUUACAGGGCAUGCGUUUGAGGCAGUACCACGUGCUGUGCGGAGCUCUGUUGUGUGUGUGGAAAAGCGUGGCCGAUGUUGUGGCUGAUGUCACUAGCUCUAGCAUUCUGCAGAUUGUCCGUCUGAAAACCAAGCAGCACAAACAAGUGGGUAUAAAGAUUCCGGAGAACUGCGUGGUCUUGGUACGAGAGGAGCUGGAGCGAUUGGAAAAGGAGGUAAAGAAGAAGCGGCAGGUGAAAGAGCUGCAGGCUCAGGAGCAACGCAAAGCCGAGCAGUGCCAAAGGGUUUUACAGGAGAGCAAUUUUUCUGUACUCUACCCACAGCUUCCUCAACUCUCCUGUCUGACCAACCUGGCUUCAUUUUACAGUUUGCCGGUUUCACUCGCCACAUUUCCUAACCUGUCCUCUAUUAAGAACCCCACAGACGGAGUGCUGGACCUAACAGUGCGAGGUUCUCCUCGUACCAUGCCAGACGGUCUGUCUGCGCCUGCUGCUGCUGUUAUAGAAAACUUCAGCAUGGAGGCUUUUACACAAAAAGAGCAACAAAAACAACAGCAGCAGAAUGAGAGUCAGCACGUUCUGCAGGACUCCACAGCACAGGAUUUCUUUGACUUCCUUAAUUCACUGCCUGACACAACGGCCUGCCAUUCAACGGUUGCUCCAUCAUCAUCACUUUCAUCAUCGUCAUCACCCGAGUCUUUAUCCACAGUAAUACCCACAACAAAAAGCCAUUUUCCCACCACUGUCACCUCUUCCUCGUCGUCUUCAUCUCUAUACACCCCAACACUCACACCAUCCUCCUCGUCCUCUUCACUGUCGCUCUUCUCUCUCUCACCGCCGGACCAGCACUCGUUCCCAAACUGCAGCGAUGAUGGCAUUGAUGUCAAGGAGGUUCUGAGCAACAUGCUGCGUGGUGGCACAGACUCACGCCAGUCUGUUAUUCACCUCGGACUACCUGAAUCAAACCACCCGUCCUAAAUGCUUCUCAGGCUCAUUACUGCCCCACCUGCCUUCCUUCAUACACUAGUUAUAUUACUCCACUAUGAAAAACUGUUGGACAUCUUAAUCAUAAUUUGAAGAGCUGGGUUUUUUUGGUUUAAUUAUGUAUAAAUGUAUAAAACAGAGGAAAAGACUAAAGCUUAGUUUUAAUAGCAACAGAAUGGAUGCUUCUCACCUGUCAACACAGAAAAAAUUUGUAUAUAUAAAUAAAUGAAAUCUUUUCAAGCGGAAAAACUAUG